UGUCAUCAAAAUCAAAACACCGCUGUUCGUCAUCGUCGUCUUGCAGACGAGUGGAAAAAGUCGAACCCAAAAUCGGAAGAAAAAGUGUUUUUCUGUACUGGAAAAUUUAAUCUUUCGCAUUUAAUUAGAUAGCUUUGCAAGCAAUUCCGGUUGUGGCCAACGCCGGCGGUAAAAUGAACGUAAUCAGAGCGGUCCAGUUGUACCUGGAGAAGAUGGUAGCGGACGCUGGCCCCGGAAUGAAGAUGCUGAUGAUGGAUCGAGAAACCACCAGCAUCGUCUCGAUGGCCUUCUCGCAGUCGGAGAUGCUCCAGAAAGAAGUGUUCCUGUUCGAGAGGAUCGAUUCUGGGCGUUCCAACGAGCGGCUCAAAUACCUAAAGUGUAUCGUUUUCAUCCGACCGACACGGGAUAACGUCCUGCGGCUGCAAAGUGAACUGAAGAGCCCGAAAUAUGGCUCGUACUAUGUCCAUUUCAGUAACAUCAUUCCUCGCACCGACAUCAAAGCUCUCGCCGAGAGCGACGAAAGCGAAUCGGUUCGCGAAGUGAAAGAGACCUACGCCGACUACCUGCCGGUAAAUCCGAACCUCUUCUCGCUAAACAUUCCAACCUGCCUGCAGUCGCUUGCAUGGAACCUAGAUGCUCUGGACCGCUCUGUACAGGGAGUGAUCAGCGUGCUACUGUCGUUCAAAUUGCGGCCCGCCAUCCGGUACAAAUCAAGCUCCAGUGCGGCGCAAACCCUAGCCAAAAAGAUCCACGAAACGAUCAACAAGGAAACGGCCUUGUUCAGUUUCCGUCCCCCGGAGGAUGGAGCUCCGCCGCCAUUGCUGUUGAUUCUGGAUCGGAGGGACGAUCCGAUCACCCCACUGCUCAACCAAUGGACCUAUCAGGCGAUGGUCCACGAACUGUUGACCAUUAACAAACAGCGGGUGGAUCUUUCUGAUGUUCAAGGUGUUCCAAAGGACUUGAAAGAAAUCGUUCUGUCGUCUGAACAGGACGAAUUCUUCGCCGCUAAUCUAUAUUCAAACUUUGGUGAGAUUGCCACCACCAUCAAGGGGCUGAUGGAUGAGUUCCAGAAGAAGGUUCACGAUCAGAAGAAGAUUGAGAGCAUCAAUGAUAUGAAGAAUUUUGUGGAAACGUAUCCGCAGUUCAAGAAGAUGUCCGGGACGGUGUCCAAACAUUUGGUGCUUAUCAGUGAGCUGUCGCUGCAGGUCAGCAAGCAGCAGCUGUUUGAAGUUUCCGAGCUUGAGCAGGAGAUAGCUUGCCGCGCCGAUCAUUCGACUCAACUGCAACGGGUUAAGAAGCUCAUUGCAGACGACAAAAUCAAUCUUCAGAACGCACUUCGCUUGAUCAUGCUUUACGCGAUGCGUUACGAGCGGCACGCCAAUUGUGGAACAUCUGGUUUGCUGAAGCUGUUGAAGGACCGUGGCGGUCGGGCUCACAUCGUUCCGCGGAUGCUGGAAUACAUCAGCACCAGCGCUCGGCAGGAACUCUUCAACACGGUCAAGAUCACCGAUGCCGUAAAGUUAACUCGAAACCUGAUCAAGGGUCUCAAAGGGGUCGAAAACGUCUACACGCAGCAUAACUGUGUGCUAAAAGAGGUGCUGGAUGAUGUGACGCGAGGUCGCCCCUUGGACGCGGCCUUCCCCAUCAUGGGCAAUGAGUUGCCCUUCCGGAGGCCACCGCAGGAGAUUGUGGUGUUUGUGGUCGGAGGAACGACCUACGAAGAGGCACUGGCUGUCCAUCGGUUCAACCAGGACGGCUUCAAGAUCAUUCUGGGUGGGACAACCAUCCAUAAUGGGGACAGCUUCAUCGAUGAGAUACUGGCGGCUACCGCCGGGAUACCGUUCAAACAUUCCCGCUCCCUGCAGCAGUUCCAUCAUGCGCCGACCGGAGAGGCUUGAGUGCUUUUGGACGAAUAGUCGGUAAGUUAUCAUUGUCUGUAUCUAACGUCGUACGAAAUGUAUUCCAGCAUUGAUUGUUCUAACUUUCUGAGUAAAUUAUUGUCUCUGUAUAAAUAGGGUAUCGCUGUGUAAGAGAACGUAAUAUAUUAUGCUUUAUGUAGUUGCAUCAAUAA